AUGGCGUCCCUGACUCUAGUUGUUGAGCCCCGGGGCAAACCCAUCAAGAAGCUCCCCAAGCAGGUUCAGGUGUCCUCCAAUGCCUCAACCGCCGAAAUCUACAACAAGCUCGCGGAAGCCUCGGGCUUCUCCAUCCACCGUCUUCGGAUCACCAAGGGUAGCGAUCGCACUGUAGUCCCCAACUCCAAGGACUCAACUGUCGACGGAGUCGGUCUCAAGGAAAAGAGCGUCUUGCACGUCAAGGAUCUUGGCCCCCAACUUGGAUGGCGCACCGUCUACAUUAUCGAAUACCUGGGACCGCUCUUCAUUCCGGCUCUCUUCCUCUUCCCCCUCCGUCCAUAUGUCUACUUUAACUUCGACAAGCCACUUCCCGAGCCAUCGCAGUUCCAGCUCCUGGUCUGCGCCCUCCUGACCAUCCACUUCAUCAAGCGCGAAUACGAAACCGUCUUCGUCCACCGUUUCAGCAAUGCCACCAUGCCCGCGCGCAACAUCGUCAAGAACAGCGGCCACUACUGGGUCCUAGCCGGCCUGAACAUCGCCUACUGGGUCUUCCGUCCCGAUUCCCCCGCCGCCACCAUCCAGGACUCUUUCCUCCUCUACAGCGGCCUGGCAUUGUUCAUUUUCGGCGAGCUUGCGAACCUAAACGCUCACCUUGUGCUACGCGACCUGCGCCGUCCCGGUACCACGGAGAGAGGCAUUCCCUCCGGAUUUGGCUUCAACGUCGUCACCUGCCCCAACUACUUCUUUGAGGUUGUCAGCUGGGUGGGCGUCUACCUGCUGAGCGGAAUGAGCUGGAGUGUCCUGUUCUUCAUUGUCGUCGGUACCGUUCAGAUGGCUCUCUGGGCCAAGAAGAAGGAGCGCCGCUACCGCAAGGAGUUCGGUGACAAGUACAAGCGCAAGCGCUAUGUUAUCCUGCCUGGUCUGUACUAG